GUACGUAACCAUCUCCGUCUUCAGCCUUACCAAAUACAUACAAUUGACCAAAGAGGCAAACUCACGCAGAGCUUCUACGUGGUGCAGAAGACGUGCUUUUUACCGAGACUUGCCGUUGCCGACAACCCUAUACCUAUAAACAAUCGCUGCCGAUUUCUUCUCGCCCUUACAACUAAUAGCCGCACAUGAACGCGGGUUGUAGUUGGAUCAACCCGGUCUUAGAACCUACCAGACUUGACCUCAUAUCAUGCUCUCCUGGUAGAAAGGAGUAUUGCGCAGCACCGCCAGCAUGAUGGGCACAACAAUCUCCGUAGUCAAGACACUUAUAAUACCCGCCGUCAUCUCCCUCAUCCUCUUUAUUCUAUCCACCUACGUACUUGUCCCAUUGUGGCGGCAUUACCAUGCGCGUUAUAGCCAAUACCUCCCUCUCGACACGAUCUCGAGCCAUACAGUAUCCUUACGCGUCAGGAUGCAAGAUGCAAUAGCUCGAUGGAUGGUCCCAUCGAGGUGGCGCAUUAAUAUGCAUGACCGCGUGGUAGUCGGAGCCGAUGACGCAUCCGACAUAGGUUUCAGUUCCGAAGAAGGCGAAGAAUUGGACGAAGUCGACGACGAUCGCCGGCACGCGUUAUCGUUAGAUGCCCAUGAUCCCGAGCGCGCGGAUAGCACAAGGAGACUAAGCAGAGAUUUAGAGGAAGGUUUUCGAGAUGAUAGCGAAGAGGAAAACGAAGCGCGUCAAAGCAGGCGGUAACAGUUUUUGUUAUCAGAUAAUGAUAUUAGCAAUACGGCUUUGGAAUAACUACACCAUGAUUGGGCAAAAUGAUUUGCCGCUGUUUGACUACAUGGGAAGGCGUUGGAAAACUAUUGCAUUAUUAAUUGGUCAUAAUUCCGUUGGGUGCGAGCCAUACUGCAACGCGCGGCGUAGGAGGAUCUUGUAAACCAGUUUAGUAAGUUUGGAGUUUCGAAUGGAUCUUCAUUCUUUAGGACCUAGCCUAUGCAUAUCUCUAACUAUAGGUGGUUUGCUCCGAGAGCAAUGUUCUGAGUCCCUUUUGUGUCAAAUGGGAUCAAAUAUCUCCCCGAGUCCAUAUCAUUGAAUACACUAAAUAUGACAAGG